AUGGCUCGAGGAGACGUUUCGAAUAUGUUCACGAUUCCGAAAGCGAACCGCCAGCAGCGCUCGAUGUUUACGAAUCCAGUGCAAAGUCAAUUUGACAAAGGAUUGUAUCAGAUUACGGGACCCGAUUCUGAAUCCUCCUACAAUGAGGAAUCAAUCGGAGCCUCAGGCUCGAUCAAAUUGAGCAUAUUCCACGAUCCUAACCUCGGGAUUAUCACCGUCUGCCUGAUGCAAGCUAUAGAUGUUCCGAGCAAACGACAGGAUGGAAACCCGAAUCCGUACUUCCGAGUCGCGCUCGAGUUGCCGGAGAAUAAGGAGACAAAGGUGGAGCAUCAGACGAAGGUGCAGAGAAAUACGUCUUCGCCGACUGUCAAUGAGUCUUUCUGUUUCCAGAGCCCUGCUGCAAACAUCUCCAACUGUCGGCUAGAAAUUAUGGUCUACGAUUUUGAUCAAUUCUCGGUUGAUGAAUGCAUUGGAUAUUGUUGGCUGACGCUUGGGCGUAUCAACGUUUCAACAGACCCAGAAAACCCGACUGUGUUUUGGGCCGAAGUGCUGCCGUUUGAUGAGAAUGGAGGGAAAGGUUUUGGUGAAGUGCUCUUCUCCCUUACCUACCUCAGUCGUGCUCAACGGCUGACAAUGAACGUCUUCAAAACGCGUAACCUAAAUCCAAAGAAUUUGGAUACUAAUGCAGGCAUCGCCAUUCGUGUUUCGUUGCUAAACAAUAACGAAAAACGGCUGAAACGGAAGAAGACGUCAUCAAAGAAAAAUAUGCGGAAUGCACAAUUCAACGAGUCGUUGACGUUUAAUAUUCCGAAAAGUAGUCUCUGUGAUAUUGUAUUGGAAGUGGAGGCCAUUCACGAAUUUGGGACUUUUGGGAUGGGAUGUGAUGUGUUGGGACGAAUGGAACUGCCAUUACACAGAUGCAAAGAGCUAUGGCGAGCGAUAAUUCGCGAGGAAAAAAGCCAAGCCCGCUGGUAUGCAAUGGAGGAACCG